AGUAAAAAUCCAAGUCGUGAGUAGACGGUGGAGGUGGCCGAUUGCUUACUGUGCCGUUCGCCCAUUGCCUUUUGUUUUUUGUCGCCUUUGGUGGUCUUCCGCGGCUGUGAAGCAGCGACAACAGUGGGGGACGCAAGGCGAUGUCACUGCCGAGUGCGACAGGGGCUGCUCUCACGCAUAUAAAGCUGUGCGGGAGGGGGGGGCGGGGAGAUGAGAAGCUCCGACUCCCAAACCCACACCCACACCCACACGAGCGGUUCUGUUCCGAACCUACCCGUAGACACAAACAAGGAUACAGAAAGAGAGAGAGAGAGAGAGAGAGAGAGAGAGAGAGAGACGUGGUUUGCUUCCAUCCGAGGCUGCUCCUCUUUUUGUUGUCCUUCAAGAAGCGUUGUCUGAACUCUCCAUCAUCUUCUAAAAGCUGGGUCGACUCCUCCUCUCAUCUUUUUGUUUCCAGCCUUGGUGAUUUCCUGGUGUCAUGGGUUAUCCCACCGGAGAGAGGGAAUGCUGGGGACUCGAUGAUUUGGCAGGGGAGCAUGAGAGACAUGGGGGCAGAAGCAGUAGCCACCAAGUCAUGAUGGAGGAAGGUGGUGGCUAUGGCAACAGCUUCGAGAGCGAACGGCAGCAAAAGCUGUGUGUCAGGGGCCACUGGAGGCCGGCUGAGGACGCGAAGCUCAAGGAGCUCGUCUCUCUAUAUGGCCCUCAAAACUGGAACAUGAUCGCCGAGAAGCUAGUGGGAAGAUCAGGGAAGAGCUGCCGGCUGAGAUGGUUCAACCAGUUGGAUCCAAGGAUCAACAGGAAGGCAUUCAGCGAGGAAGAAGAAGACAGGCUUCUGGCUGCGCACAGGGUUUACGGCAACAGAUGGGCACUGAUCGCCAGGCUCUUCCCUGGCCGGACAGACAAUGCAGUCAAGAACCAUUGGCAUGUGAUCAUGGCCAGGAAACAGAGGGAGAAGCAGUCCAGUACUUACAGGAGGCGGAAGCGUCCCUCCCUCCGCUAUCCCCCAUCUCAGCCCCUCCCGAGGUGGGAGGAGGUCACCACCACCUGCAACAAUGCAUGCAGUGGUGAGUCGACCACCACCAGAGAGGAGACUGCUUCCACUUGCACCGACCUCUACCUCGGCUCCGUCACCGUGCCCAAUGCUUGUGCAGGGUUCCGUAUUGGAGCUCCCACGAUGCAGGUUCGUGGGUUUGAUCUCUCUGUCUGCACCGGUACAACUUUUGAGGUCACAGCAAACGAACCGGCGGCCUACCACAUGACCAAUGCUUUGCCUUCCGGUGAGACAACCUAUGAGAAAGAGAAGAUUAGCUUACCCUUCUUUGAUUUCCUGGGUGUUGGAGCAUAGGGGCUCUCCACGCGAUAUGCACAGGAAAUCUGUGAAGGCUGGUGGUACAGGACCAAGAGAGGAGACCUGCAAAACGAAGAGAGGAGGGUGAAGGUGAAGUUGUAUCCAUAGUAGGCCAGACUUCUCAAGGUUGUCAGUCAACAAGUUCAAAAAACAUUUUAACAUGCGAAUUAAACCAGAUGAUAUGAUGCAUCAUCUGAUCUGUACCAAGAUUUCAAGGAAGGCAAUCAAAAUCAAAGAAAUGAAAAAUUCUUCCAA